GACAUAAUAAUAAUUGAUAAGGUUAUAAAUAUCUAAAUUCUAAUAUUAAUAAUUAAUUUAAUAAUGUCAAAUAAAAGUAGUGAAACUAGUGAUUCAUCAUCGAAUGAAAAAACAAAAGCUCUGCCAACAGUAAUUAAUUUUAUUAAUGGUGGUUUAUCAGGAAUGGCAGCAACAUGUAUUGUUCAUCCAAUGGAUGUUAUUAAAAAUCAAAUGCAAAUGAGUCAUGGAAAAGCAUCAAUUGGUACAACAAUGUCAAAUAUUAAAAGUGCUGGUAUGUCAAAAUUUUAUUCUGGUUUAUCAGCAGGAUUAGUUAGACAAGCAACAUACACAACUGGAAGACUUGGUAUAUACAAUCAAUUGGGUGACAUGUGGAGAAGUAAAAAUGAAGGGACACCUGAUUUUUUGACACUGGCAAUUAUGGGAGCUAUUGCUGGAUCUUGUGGUGCAUUUAUUGGUACACCAGCUGAAGUUGCAUUAAUAAGAAUGACAUCUGAUGGACGAUUACCACCAGAUCAACGUAAAAAUUAUAAAAAUGUAUUUAAUGCAUUUUUAAGGAUAAUUAAAGAAGAGGGUCCAACAACUUUGUGGCGUGGUAGUAUUGCCACCAUGGGAAGAGCAACAAUUGUCAAUAUGUCACAACUAGCAACUUACAGUCAAGCGAAAAUAUUCUUUAACACAAGCGGUGGUAUUCCUGAUGGUAUUGGUUUACAUUUUUCAGCUUCAAUGUUAUCAGGUUUUUUAACAGCAUUUAAUUCAAUGCCAUUUGAUAUUGCCAAAACGAGAAUACAAAACUCAAGCUCAAGCUCAAAAUCACCGACAUCUAUUUCAAUUAUCAUUAAAAUUGCAAAAACUGAAGGUAUUACUGCAUUAUGGAAAGGCUUUUGGCCAACGUAUUGUAGAAUUGGUCCACACACUGUUAUAACAUUUAUUUUUAACGAACAAUUUGCUGAAUUUUAUCGGAAAAUUAUCAUGAAGUGA